AAGGCAUUGUAGUACUGUAUGAUAGAUGUAUCAUUUGAUUGAAAUCUGAAUAACAAGCAAGGUCCAGUUUGGUUUGAAAACAAUUUCAGUCAGUGGAAGCUAAUAGAUUCCUAGUUGCAGAAGAUUUGAAAAGAAGACACUUCGCAAUGAACUUUAUCAUGAGAGAUAUCGAAGAUUAAAAAUUUGCAACCGGGUUGGUUUCCCAAUAUUUGCAACAGAAAAGGAAUGCGCUGUGGAGCCUGAAUAGACGGUGUCUGAGUCUGCUUGGGGAAAUUGGACAAAGAGGAAAUGAUGUGGUAAUGGGUUUGUUAAUUACAGCCUGGAACUGAUCAGAGUGAGAGAUUGUCUCUCCACGGGGUGGAGGAGGAGGAGAAAAACACAACAAAUGCGCAUCGGAUGGUAGGAUCGGCAGCUUUUCAACUCCUUUACUCGAAGGAAAAUCCAGCGAUCGAGACAAAACAAAUUGGAAUUCCGGAAGAGCAAUGCCGGUUGAAUUCGGCUAACAUAACUGGGUCCGUACUGUUUCAGGGAGCUUUUCCUAUUCAUCGCUAAACUCAAGGCCCGUGGUUGAAUAUAUUCUUCAGUAGCGGCAAAGUCGGGUUGAAAGUUUGGAUCGAUGUCGACUUCUUCAAAAUAGAAAUUCCGAGUUUGCAAAAGUUGUACGAUGUUAACUGGUAUGAUGAUCCUUCCUGUGUUGAUGACACUGACCUUUCCGAGUUCUAGCUAUGAAGAUGAGGAGCCAAAAUUAAAUGCAGGCUUCUAUAAAUGUGUGUGUGAAGGGAUGUUUUGUGGAGGAGAGGACCAGUGUGUAGGGCAGCAGUGCUUUGCUUCACUGAGUAUAAAUGAUGGUCAUCCAGUUUAUCAAAAAGGUUGCUUCCAGGUUUAUGAACAGAGUAAGCUGACGUGCAAGACUCCACCAUCAGCGGACCAGACAGUAGAAUGUUGUCACGGCAAUUUGUGUAAUAUGAACAUUACAGCUCAAUUGCCACCUAAAGAUGAGGUGCCGAAACUAAAUGCAGGCUUCUAUAAAUGUGUGUGUGAAGGGAUGUUUUGUGGAGGAGAGGACCAGUGUGUAGGGCAGCAGUGCUUUGCUUCACUGAGCAUAAAUGAUGGUCAUCCAGUUUAUCAAAAAGGUUGCUUCCAGGUUUAUGAACAGAGUAAGCUGACGUGCAAGACUCCACCAUCAGCGGACCAGACAGUAGAAUGUUGUCACGGCAAUUUGUGUAAUAUGAACAUUACAGCUCAAUUGCCACCUAAAGGAAAGUCACAGCAGGGAACAGCACUGGGUUACAGUGUAAGAACCCUGGCCAUUGUUGUUAUCGCUCCAGUAAUUGUGCUGAUCAUUGUGUCCAUGGUGACGGUACUGAUACUGCAGAAGUUCCACCAAAAUCGAAUGCAAAGACUAAACGCUCGAGAGGUUGAGUAUGGUGCCAUUGAUGGACUGAUUGCCUCAAAUGUUGGAGAUAGCACAUUAGCAGAUCUAUUGGAUCACUCCUGCACAUCAGGCAGUGGAUCAGGCCUUCCUUUUCUCAUACAGAGAACAGUGGCUCGGCAAAUUACCCUUGUGGAAUGUGUAGGGAAGGGACGUUUUGGAGAAGUUUGGCGGGGUCAGUGGCAAGGGGAAAAUGUGGCAGUAAAGAUAUUUUCUUCUCGAGAUGAAAAAUCCUGGUUUAGAGAGACUGAGAUCUACAACAGUGUGCUUUUGAGAAAUGAGAAUAUUUUAGGUUUCAUUGCAUCUGACAUGACAUCCAGAAAUUCUAGCACACAGCUGUGGCUGAUUACACAUUACCAUGAGGCAGGAUCCCUCUAUGACUACCUGCAGCACACAACUCUGGAUGCUGUUGGUUGCUUGCGAAUAUCACUGUCCAUUGCCAGUGGUCUAACACACUUGCAUACAGAAAUCAUUGGGACACAGGGGAAGGUUGCAAUUGCACAUCGAGACCUUAAAAGCAAAAACAUCCUUGUUAAGGAAAAUGGGCAGUGCUGCAUAGCGGACUUAGGUCUUGCCGUGAUGCACUCCCAGUGCACUAAUCACUUAGAUGUUGGCAAUAAUCCCAGGGUAGGGACCAAGCGAUAUAUGGCGCCUGAAGUAUUGGAUGAAACGAUCCAAGUGAAUCUGUUUGACUCCUAUAGGAGAGUUGACAUCUGGGCCUUUGGUCUAGUCUUGUGGGAAGUAGCAAGGAGAACAAUUAGCAAUGGAAUUGUAGAAGAUUAUAAGCCUCCAUUUUAUGAUCUUGUUCCUAACGAUCCUGGUUUUGAUGAUAUGAAGAAGGUCAUUUGUGUGGAUCAACAAAGACCAAAUAUUCCUAAUAGAUGGUUUUCAGAUCCAACAUUAACAUCUCUUGCAAAGGUGAUGAAGGAAUGCUGGUAUCACAAUCCAUCAGCAAGACUAACUGCCCUACGCAUUAGAAAAACUCUGACCAAAAUUGACAACUCAUUUGAUAAGUUUAAAAUGGAUUGUUGAUUAUUCAGUUUCCUGAAGAUUACUUAAUGUGUGUUUUCCCACAUAUCGGAACAUAAUGGACUGAAGAGAGGUGGUUUUAUGCUUUCUGGAAUGCUACUUCUCAAUAUUCAACACUAUUCAGUUUAACUAAUGAAAACAGAAAAUGCUGGAAAUAUACAGCUAGUCAGUCAGAAACUGCAGACAAAAAGAUUAACAUUUCAGGUGUAUAUCCUUAUCACAACUCAUUUCCUGUUUAUUCUAUCCACCUGAAUAUUUUUGAAACGUCCUUUGUUUUAAGAAAUUAAAGUUGCUUUCAACCUUGGUACUGUUGCAUGUGAAACUAUGGAAACACAAGCAUAUAAUUUAGUUAAGUAAUAUGUAACCAGAAAGGAAGCUGAAAUUUAAAGAAUUCUUACAGAAGUAACACAAUGUGGGGGCAUUGAAAGAACAUUUUACCUGCUGUUAUAAAAUCUCAACAGUGUCUUAAGAUUAUGGUUUAAUAUUUAUACUCAAAUGUAAUACUUAUUGUGGCCUUUCAUAAUUAUUUUGCACUAGUGACUUUUGCUUUCCUUACAUGCAUCAUAUAUGUUACAUGUUACAGUGCUAAAUGCAUAAAACCUUCCAACUAGCCAAAUAAUUCUUUGUAUGAUCUAGCAGCUAUCUGAUGGCAAUUACUGUAAUUCUUAAUUUUUUAACUAUCGAUAUAUGCUACAUGCACUGCUAACUCAAGUGGUUUCACACCUGCCUCUUCAAAUUUGUGAAUUAUUUAUUGCAAUAAUGCCAGGGUUCACGUAUUUUCACAAUUGUAAAAUAGUACAGCAAUCACGCGACUGUGCUCCAUUUCACAUUUACAUUUAACAUGGUAAAUAUUCUGCCUGCAAUGUUAGAUCAUAAACUAUAUAAACCUGUUCAUUUAUAUCUUUGUACAUUGCAUAUUGUAAAAUGCUUUCACAGAAGCAUAAGUGAAUAAAGUUGCACAACUUUGAUUUUAUAUAUCAAUGAAAUACUGUAUCACAUUUUUGGAAUGUGAAAACUUUUGGUGGUACAAGGUCUUAUUGUAAAAUGUACAUUGUGAACUUUACCAGAGAAUUAACUACUGUAUUUUUGUUUUAAUCUAUAUUUUAUAUUAUAGUAGUCAAUUGUAUAAUUUAAAUAGAACAUUUUAUAAAUGCA